AUGAGUAAUUACAUGUUCUUCGGUGUACUCCGUGCAUCACGAUUAUUCAACAGUUUCUAUUGGUCUAUGCGACACAGCUAUCUACCGACUUGGACCUUUAAUCAGCUUUAUAUAUCGAUAUUCCUGCGAUGCUUUGGUGUACUGUUGAUGUCUUUUCAACGAUAUAUUACCAUGUGCAAGAACGGUAGUCAUAUCGAGCAGAACGUUUAG